AAUCUGGACUCAGGAGUUUGGCCACACAGAGCUGGGCCAUCGGCCAUGACUCCCAUCCAUAGUUGCCUCCCGGGGGCAUUCCACCUCCCUAGAACGUAAAAUAAAAUAUUUAUAUACGUCUUUUUUUUGUAUCUUUACAAUUUUGAGGACACCGACAACAAAGUGACACUUGGACAAUGUUUUUGAGCGCAAUUUUGCUCCAAGGCAACUAGAGUUUGGAUGCGUUAGUGGGAUCCACGAGGCGCGUGCACCAGCACAGGGCUAAGCUGUCGGGAGCGCGCACGGGCUGCUGGACGUGUGAAGGAUGGAGAUCCGGCCGGACAGGUUUAAGGCCGUGGCUGCCAAAACUCUGGGCAAAAUAUAUGGAGCUCUCGAGAAGAAGCAGGAGAACGGCGAGACCAUCGAGCUGUCGGCCGAGGGUCGCCCGGAACUGGCGGAGGAGAAGGAGAUGCCCGUGGUCGACUGCACGUGCUUCGGCUUGCCGCGGCGCUACAUCAUCGCCAUCCUCUCCGGCAUCGGCUUCUGCAUCUCCUUCGGCAUCCGCUGCAACCUGGGCGUGGCCAUCGUCAGCAUGGUCAACAGCCACACCGUCUACAGGGACGACAAGGAGGUCAUAGUGAAAGCUCAGUUCGACUGGGAUCCCGAGACGGUGGGAAUGAUCCACGGAUCGUUCUUCUGGGGUUACAUCGUGACGCAAAUUCCCGGAGGGUUCAUCUGUCAAAAGUUUGCCGCGAACAGGGUGUUUGGCUUUGCCAUCGUGGCCACUUCGUUCCUCAACAUGCUCAUCCCAGCGGCGGCUCGCAUGCACUUUGGCUGUGUCAUCAUUGUCAGGGUGUUCCAAGGCCUUGUGGAGGGCGUUUCAUACCCGGCCUGUCAUGGCAUUUGGGCCAAAUGGGCGCCUCCUCUCGAACGAAGUCGCCUAGCUACGACUGCCUUUUGUGGUUCUUAUGCGGGCGCUGUGAUUGCCAUGCCAUUAGCUGGAAUCCUGGUCCAGUACUCGGGAUGGUCCUCAGUCUUCUACGUCUAUGGAUGUUUCGGCGUCAUGUGGUACUGCUUCUGGAUCAUGGUGUCUUACCAAAGCCCCGCCGCCCAUCCCACCAUCACGGAGGAGGAGAGGAAAUACAUCGAGGAGAGCAUCGGCGAGUCGGCUCAACAUUCGGUGUCGAAAUUCAACACGCCGUGGCGGGCCUUCUUCACAUCCAUGCCGGUCUACGCCAUCAUCGUGGCAAACUUCUGCAGGAGCUGGACCUUCUACCUUCUCCUCAUCAGCCAGCCCGCCUACUUCGAGGAGGUCUUCGGCUUCGAGAUUAGCAAGGUGGGAAUCGUGUCGGCUCUCCCCCACCUGGUCAUGACCAUCAUCGUGCCCAUCGGAGGCCAGCUUGCCGACUACUUGCGCUGCAACCGCAUCAUGACCACCACCAAUGUCAGGAAACUGAUGAACUGCGGAGGCUUUGGCAUGGAGGCCACGUUUCUGCUGGUGGUGGGCUUCUCCCACACAAAGGGCGUGGCCAUCUCCUUCUUGGUUCUCGCUGUGGGAUUUUCAGGUUUUGCAAUCUCAGGUUUCAAUGUCAACCACUUGGACAUUGCUCCACGCUAUGCCAGUAUCCUCAUGGGCAUCUCCAAUGGGGUGGGCACACUCUCUGGUAUGGUUUGCCCACUUAUAGUUGGUGCUAUGACCAAACAUAAGACACGUGAAGAGUGGCAGGGCGUGUUUCUCAUCGCUUCUCUGGUUCAUUACGGAGGCGUCAUAUUUUACGGCAUCUUCGCCUCCGGGGAGAAGCAAGCCUGGGCCGAGCCGGAGCAGCUGAGCGACGAGAAGUGCGGCAUCCUGGACGAGGACGAGCUGGCCGACGAGACCGAGGAGCUGUACCGUACCGCCGCCGGCGGCUACGGGGCCACCGCGCAGGGGGCCGACCCCAACGGGGGCGCGGGAGGGGGCUGGGUGUCGGACUGGGACAAAACGGAAGAGUACGUGCAGCCGGCCGGGAGCAACAAUUACCUUUACGGCGGAGAAGAAGAGCUGACAUAGAAAAGGAAGCGCACUGGGAAUGUUUACAGCAACUGCGGCAGCUUCACUUGGCGGCGGGAGGAACUUUUCACAGGUUUCCGUUCCAUGUGGAAACUUUUCUGCACAAGUCUGCCUGCAAAUAUAACUGCCUGCUUGACGAAGACUGCACAGUGGACAUUAGUCAAUGUACAAUGUGUGUUUGUAUGUGGUUGCAUUGUGUCUUAGGCCUUAGAAGGCCCGUGUUUGUUCCUUCUUUUAUUUAUUGUAGAGAUUUCUGAUUGAACAAACAGGAGGUGGAUCUCAUUCGUAUGCGUCGAGUAAUCUAAAAACUGUUUUUUCGAUGAAAGGUUUUGUUGGCCUCCGUGUGCACAAUUUCAAGACAUCUUGUGCCAAUAUAGCGAUAUCGAACGUUUGGUUCAUGCUUUCGACACUAGUGGAUAGUGUUCACACACGUCUCUGUGAGGUUUAAGUCAGGGGUUUGCAAACCUUUUGGGUCCAGGGAAGACGUUUUUCCCCAUAAUGCUAACGGCAAUUUUGAUGGCAUUUCCACUGCGGCUCAGGGACUCACCUUACUGUCCUGCUACGGGCGCCGUAAUCAAUGGGAUUAUCCUGCACAUCCAUCUGCCACGAGGAGGAAGAAGAUCACAGCAUUGAACCUGUCAUGUGUAUUUGAACCUUGGCACACCAUUGAUGGGAAAUGAUAGCCUGUAGUGCAGUACUGUAUGUAAUAACUGUGUAAUAAUAAUUGCAUAACUGUACUACUACUGUACUCAGUUUCACGUACUCCUUUUGGCCAGCAGAGGCCGCAAUUGCACAACUUUACCUUGACAAGGCAACACAAUUAAUUGUGUUGAAUCGUGUUAACUUUGGAGUUAAAAACAAAACAAAAAAAGCUUUUCCUCCCUGUUACUGUUCUUCAUUUGUGGCAUAUGAAAAUCUUAAAGAGUAGAUAAUAUAGCCUAACUACAAUAAGAAACCAUUUGUGUAA